UGGCACUGAUGACUUCUGGUCAGCCCCAGGACUGCAGGGCAGGCAUUUCAAAGGGUGCAGGAGCGAAGAGGUCUUCCCCAGCCGUGCUCUGCUCCUCGGUGGCCAGCGCCUCCAGGGACCCUGGGUCAGAAUUAGAGUCUGGGUGGGAAGCAGACGUGGACCCGCAGUUACGGUGGAGGUGGAGGAAGAUACCAGAGAGCUUAAACCGCGAGGAGAGGCGCGGUGUCUUGGGGUCGAGCCCCAUUUUAACCCCGCAGUUCCAGAGCUCCGCCCCGCCUGCGCCCCGCGAGCCCGGAGCCGGGCGUCCUCUAGGAGCGGGCGCAGUGGACCCCGGCGCGGAGCUCCUCGUCCAGGGCCGCUUGCUCCAUCAGCAGUGUCAAGGAAGGGUCUCCAGGGGAGGACGGGGAUCGGCGGCCAUGGCCGAGGCCGCGGAGCUGGAGGGGGCCCCCCCAGGUCCCCAGGGACCGCUUGAGGCCCCGGUGCCUCUGGCAGAGAAACCUGGCGAGCCGGGGGCCGCGGGCGGGAGGGCGGAGCCGGAGGAGGCCAGCGAGGGCGCCGCGGAGGCGCCGAGGGGCGAGGGGGCGGGCGCAGCAGCGACGGUCGCGGUGAACCAAGCAGAAGGCACCGAUCCGGACGGAGCGCGCGCGAGCGAGCCGGAGCCGGGCGCGGACAGUGGCCCCGGGGCCGAGACUCCAGGCGCGAGGGCCGCGCAGGGCGAGGCGGAGGCGGAGGAGGGCGCCCGGGGGUGCGCCGAGGUCCCCCAGGGAGAGGAGGCGAGCGGCGCAGAGCAGGUGGAGGAGGCGAGCUCCGGCCGCGGCACGCAGGGCGAGGCUUCGAGGGAGAUUCAGGGGGAUCCCGGGGUGGCCGAGGUCCCUGGGGCAAAGGAGAAAGCGGAGCAAGGGCCAGAGGAACCCGGAGGCGGCACGCCGGGGGCGCAGGGGGCCAGCAUGGAAGCCGCGGGGCAGGCGGGAGGGGCGGGAGGGGCCGAGGGUGAACCCCGGGACCGAGGCGAUCUCAGCUCCCAGCCCCAGGUCGAGCCCACCGAGGCCGCGGCGGCGGAGAUUGGGGGGUGCGGCCCCGGGGAGCUUGCAGAGGAGCCUGGGGGUGCCGCGGCGGGCGCCGCCGCCGACGAGGCGGGGGCGACGGGGACAGAGGAGUCGGAGGAAGUGGCCCCCGGGGACUCGAGGGCGGAAGCUGUCGAGGACGGGGACCAGGGUGAACCCCAAGAGGAAAUGGAGGAGGCCGAGGAGGAGAGGCGAGAGCGCGGCCCGGAGGUACCAGUGGAGCCGGUCGCAGCCGGGGCCGAGGAGGAGCCCCCAGACAGCAGCAGCGCGCGGGCAGAGGCGGCCGCGCCAACGCGGGCCGCGGAGCCGGAGGCCGAGCUCAGCAACCACCUGGCGGAGGAGGGCAGCGUCGAGGGCCGGGAGGGGACCGAGCGGGUGAAUGGCGGAGAGGAUGGCGAGACGUCAGAGGAGGGGGCCCCGAGGCAGGAGCACGACAUCACCCUCUUCGUGAAGGCUGGUUACGAUGGUGAGAGUAUUGGGAAUUGCCCGUUCUCCCAGCGCCUCUUUAUGAUUCUCUGGCUAAAGGGCGUUAUAUUUAAUGUGACAACAGUGGACCUGAAGAGGAAACCCGCAGACCUGCAAAACCUGGCUCCUGGAACAAACCCUCCCUUUAUGACUUUUGAUGGCGAAGUCAAGACGGACGUGAAUAAGAUCGAGGAGUUCUUAGAGGAGAAACUAGCUCCCCCGAGGUACCCUAAGCUGGGGACCCAACACCCUGAAUCGAACUCUGCAGGGAAUGAUGUGUUUGCUAAAUUCUCCGCAUUUAUAAAAAACACCAAGAAGGAUGCCAACGAGAUUUAUGAGAAGAACCUGUUGAAGGCCCUGAAGAAGCUGGAUAAUUACUUAAAUAGCCCUCUGCCAGAUGAAAUCGAUGCCUACAGUACUGAGGACAUCGCUGUUUCUGGAAGGAAGUUCCUGGAUGGGGACGAGCUCACGUUAGCUGACUGUAACCUCUUACCCAAGCUCCACAUUAUAAAGAUUGUGGCCAAGAGAUACAGAGAUUUUGAAUUUCCUUCUGAAAUGACUGGCAUCUGGAGAUACUUGAACAAUGCUUAUGCUAGGGAUGAGUUCACGAAUACGUGUCCAGCUGACCAGGAGAUUGAACAUGCAUAUUCAGAUGUUGCAAAAAGAAUGAAGUGAAGCCAGUGUUUUCUGUCUUAUUUUCAGCUGUAUGUGCUAGGCUAUGAUGUGUGUGUGUUCUUUGUGAGUGUACCAUUUGUAUUCCUUCCAAUAACCAUAAUGCCCAUAUUUUAAUGAUACUGUAUCAUAGCGAAAUGGUACAUGGCCUUGUGAUUCGUCAAGUCACGUGUGUAUCAGAAUAAUACCAGUACAUAUUGUGACACACACCCCUUGUCCAGUUGACUUCUUAAUUUACUUCUUUGGCAUUCUUGGACCCUGUAAACCAUUAUAUUAGGGCAUGUGUUUUGAAAUUUAAGUUUCAGAGCAAAUUAGAUUUGGGUUCAAUUCCUCCUCCAAUUUUUUAAAAAAUUCAUCUGUCUCUGAUAGUUUUCCUAAUCGUCACACACAGCUUAUUUUUCUCCUCUACAGUAGUAGGUUUUUGGGGUUUUUUUGGGAACAAAAAUACUCUUUUUGUAGUCACAAGAUGAUUACAUGCCUAUUUUAAUAUUUUAAAACAAUGUCAGAGAAUAUAAGGAAGGGAUAAAAGAAACCACCUAAAAUUUCACCCCACCUAAAUAAUUGCUGAUAACUUAUCGGUGAACAUCUUCCCCUCUCUUAGCUCUUGCAGAUUUCACUGCACACAACUCCAUUCCUGUGAAGUUGGUGAGGGGACCUGUGGGUGAUGCCUUUGGUGAUCAUCCACAGAGGAUCCAAAAAGAUUUGACCCUGCAGAGCUAGAGGAGGCUUGCGAUCAGGUUUCAUAGGUCGAGAGUUGGCGUCCAUGGACCCGCAGGGUCCUGCAGGGACCACGGGGGCUGGGAGCUAUGGGAGAUCCCUUCUCUGCCUGGACACCACUUUGGUGAUGCCAGGGGCCUCCUGUCCCAGAAGGGCAGUGGAGGAGAACACCCAUGGUCGUUUGUUCCAACUUCUUUUUGGAUGCCUUCUCUUGCUCUGCCCCCUCUCAUGAGGCCAUGCCUUCAUGGGGACCACUCAACACCAGCUCCCCCUUGGAGGACCCUCCUGCCCUGUGGUGAAAUGUGAAGCAGACACACUUCGAUUCUUUCUAAUGGUUGCCCUCAGACCCAGAGCUGAGCUUCUUUGGUGGUGAUGGGCUGUGGGGCUAGCCUGGUUCUCAUUGCUUCUUCAGCCUUUGCAGUGUCAUUUCAAGGUUAGGCAGGGAAAUUCCAGAGAGACUGAAUUCAUGAUGACUACUCUUGGGCAGUUCUGGUAACCAGUCAGGUUGGGGAGGAAGUGGAAACUCUAGGCUGGAGAGUUUUCUGGUUUGUCUGUGGCUUGCCUGCCACCUUGCCCUGCAGCCAGCUUCUCUCUUUAGUGUGUCUGGGCUAGGCUGCCUGACUCCAGCUGAAAGCACUGGAGACAAUGUGGAAGGCUGUGUAGAUAUGCAUCAAAACCCCUCUGGGUUUGAGCAUUCUCGAACAUUCUUGGGGUUACACUCCUUUGAUAUUUACAUACAUCUUAUAGAAACCCUCUCGUCCAUUUGGUGGUAGCCUGUGGUUGAUGCUAAAUGCUCAUUAAAAAAAUAGGGCACCUGGGUGGCUCAGGGGGUUAAGCCGCUGCCUUCGGCUCAGGUCAUGAUCUCAGGGUCCUGGGAUCGAGUCCCGCAUCGGGCUUUCUGCUCAGCAGGGGGCCUGCUUCCCUUCCUCUCUCUCUGCCUGCCUCUCUGCCUACUUCUGACCUCUCUCUGUCAAAUAAAUAAAUAAAAUCUUAAAAAAAAAAAUAAAAAAAUAUGCAUUUGCUCUAUGGGCAUUUAUUUGGAAAAGAAUUUAUUGGAUUUAUUUGGAAAAGAGUAAGAUGCAGGGCACCUGGGUGGCUCAAUGGGUUGAGCAUCCAACUCCUGAUUUCCGCUCUAGUCCUGAUCUCAGGGGAGAUGGAGCCCUGCAUCAGGCUCGAGUCUGCUUGAAAUUCUCUCUCCUUCUCCCUCUGCCCCUCAUGCCUGCGCUCUUCCUCUCUCUAAAAUGAGUUAAGCAAAUCUUAAAAAAAAAAAAAAAAAGGAAUAAAAUGCAUUAACAACAACUCUUCUGGGAUUUAGUGACAAAUGUCCAGUAAGAGAACCAAAGUCCAUAAUAUGGUGGCUACUUUGUAUUCCUUCUUACUAGAGGCUCCAGUUUCGUGCAGGGGCUUUCUUUGUUAAUCCUUUCUGUUUUUGGAGGUUGUGUCUAGCAUUCCCCAUCAUGCAUGCUUCAUAUCUGUUUUGGGGUCAGAUUUUCAAGUCGAGUGUUAUAUAAUGGUACAUCUACAUGUGGCCAAUGAACAGAAUACCACUUGUGACUAGUGCAAACUUUGUAAUUUUAGAUGGUGAUAUGAUCUACAUAAACUCUUUGUGCCUUAAAAAUUAAAUGCAUAAAAAUGUUUACACGAAA